AAAGAAGAAGAAGAAGAAGAAGAAGAAGAAGAAGAAUCAGAAGAAGAAGAGCAAGAGCCCCAGUACUUUCGAUUUGCGAUCUCGGUAACAACACGUGAUUCCUAAGGAAUAUAUUCGGAUUCUGACCACAUCAUGUGGUCAGGUCUGCAGGCAGAUGUCCCUCUAGCUGUGGUUGAGGAGAUCCUGCUGAAUCUGCCUGCUCAUCAGGUGGUGCGAGUCUGUCGUCUGGUGUGUCAGGAGUGGAAGGAGCUGGUGGACAGUGCUGCACACUGGAGAGAGCGCUGUCGGAGAGAGGGGAUCCAGCCGUGUGAUGCUUCCAGAACACCAGAGGACUGGCGCUUGUUUUACUUUUUAACUAAGAAUCGACGUAACUUGCUCAAGAAUUCCAGAGCAGAAGAUAAACUUAAAGGAUGGAAUAUUGUAGAGAAUGGAGGUGACUGCUGGGCUGCAGAGGAAAACAGGAAACCAUUUCCAGAUGAUAUGGUCACAAAAUGUUUUGUAACAUCUUUUGGGUUGUGUUUGAAGCAACAGCUGAUUGAUUUGAAGAAAGAAGGCUACAGUGCUGCUUUCAUGGAUCAACUGCAACCUCAUAUCAGAAUAACAGACUGGUAUGCGCCACGCUUUGAUUGUGGGUGUCAGUAUGAGAUCAGUGUAGAGCUGCUUGAUCGGAAGAAAAAACCUAUCUGUACUUUUCAGCCUGAGAAAAUUUUUUUUGAACAGUGGAAUGAUGAGCCGUGGUGUCAAAUGACACAUGUCUUUAAGGAUUAUGGACCUGGGGUUCGGUUUAUCCGUUUCACGCAUGGAGGAGUGGAUACAAAGUUUUGGGCAGGCUGGUAUGGGAUACGAGUCACUAACAGUAGUGUGGAGAUCUGCCCAGCUAAAGAGAGAUAAUGUCUUAUUUUCUGAAUCUGUUCUGCUUUGAGAAAUGCGGUUAUAUGUAACCUUCCCUCAGUGUUGCACGUGAUUUAAA